CCUUCUUGAUAAUCAACUCGCUUACUGAGGCUCUCUCCUUCCAGCGCUAAAAAUUUAGUUGCAAAAAUGCAAUCAGACUACACAACUUCAAGCCAUUGGCCACCUCUCUCACAGAAUUGUUGGCUGUAUCCGCCGACAGCCGCUCCGUCUUACUUUCCCAUGGCAGAGUUCCAUCCGGACACUAUCAGAGGUACGGGUCGUUAUCCCGACCAGAUGGUUCUGAAUCCACCCGGUGAUAAGCCAGCGACUCGAACAACUCAUUUAAGUUCAUACCGAAACUUACCCCCAAACUACCAAUCCCCGACCAGUUAUCUACCCUCCCAUGGGAAUACCUUCUACCCAGCGCGUGCUCCGAUUCGUCAAGAUCUUCUACCUUCUCCAUCAGACGCUUACCGUAUCCUCGAACUUGGAACAGCAAAUACGCAAUACUCCUCCUUCAAUUCGUUACUGGAACGGAACACCGACUUGGCAUCUAACAAAGAUUCCCCUCGCUUGGAAGACAGCUCUUCCCAUGGGAUUGACGACAAAGUAACCAGGCCUCAAAGAGGUCGCACUGUAUUUUCCGCUCAUCAACUGCACGAGCUCGAGAAGGUUUUCACCACCGAUCAGUACAUCUCUGGGCAACAGAGAAGACGCCUUUCUGCUAUUCUUGGCCUGACUGAGACACAAGUGCGAGUUUGGUUCCAGAAUCGGCGAAUCAAAUGGAGAAAGAACAGAUUGGAACGAAAGAUCAAAAUGUAACGAGUCCCUGUGAAUGGAAGUGUUUUAUGGAAUGAAGUGAAUGACUUGGCUCGAUUACCAGCGGAUUAAAGGAGUACAUAGAUGAAUGGAUGAAGUUUCGCGCAUAGAUAUUCAAAGUCGCAUAGACUUGAGAAGUACCAGUUCAAUGUGUCCAAUGUAGGUGCGGUAAAAAGAGGAAACUUCCUUUCGAUUGGAAAACUAGCUAACGUAUUAGAAAAUGGAAAGUUUAUUAAUUUAGAUUACUGCUUUGUUGUUGAUAAUUCAGCAUACAUUGUAAACAUGUUGAGCGAUUUUUGUCAUAUAUUACUAAGUAGACUCGACUUUGGCCCACCCACAUAGAUGCCAUAUAUUUGGGGAAGAUGUAUAGAACGUUUCUUCUGACUUAAUAAAUAAUUGAACGACAGUUUAGCAGAUUGAAAGAUUGACAGUUUGAAAAAUUGAAAUACUGACAGAUUGACAGAUUGACAGAUUGACAAUUAAGUUGAACGGUAGAGAGCUUGACUGAUAGAUACAUUGGUUGAUUGCCUGGAGUCCAGGCUUAAAUAGUCUGUUUGUUGCAUAAUUGAAGAAGAAGCUUAAAAGCAGUACUUUGAAUGGGCUUUUAUCAUAUUAGAUCGAUAAUUUAUAACUAACUGGUUUACCGGUACCGAUUCAGACUAAAAAUGUGUGAUGUGCUAUUGGUUUGUUUGAGUAUUUCUUGAAUACAUUCUGACUGAGGCAAUAUGUCUCUGUUGAAUCAGUAGGCCAAAAUAUCAUUUAUUUCAUUUGAUUACUAAGGUACUGACCU